GCGUAACAUCCAUACCUGCUCCUGCAGUCGACGAGCAACCUUCGCGGAUUCCUCGUCCCAAUAUACCUUGGGAAUGGAUCCGUAUAUGGGCUGAAGAAUUUUCAUCGGAACAGCAAGUACUGAUUGUGACGGAGCAACGACAACCUCGGAGUCACUACUGCUUCCGAGCCGUGAUUAUGUUUCCGGCCCCUGACUUGCUUGGUCACGUACUGCCUCUAAUCCUGCGUACCCGCAUUUUGCAUCAAGGAGGCCAACUCGCGUCGGAUUGGUAUGACCUGUAUAAAUAUUAUUCGAGGACGCUGUCAUUCUGCAGUGUUUUGCGAAUCAUGUUCAGACCGCAAGGAAGCGAUUUUAACCCCUACCUCGUUAACAGCGACGCUCCUCUCCCUUCCGUGUUGAAUGAUGGCCUUUUGACGCAGCCUGCUCAGACUACAUACCAGACCCCCCACAUGAUUGGCUCGUGUACCUGUGGUGUGCUGCACAUCUGCGAUCAAGGCAACGCGACCGAAAACACGUUCCAUUCAGCCUCACCUGCCUUACCUGCCGUUAACCUGUCGGUGACAUACACAUGUCCAUUGGGAACUGGAUGCACGUUCCCCCUGGAGGCGACGACGAAGUCGCUCUACACUCAUCUUCCCCUACACGGUCAUAACUACAAGCAUCGGGACCGUGCUCCUUGCCCGUGGCCUGGAUGUUCCAAGGUAUCGCGUUGGGGCAACGUCGCUCGUCACAUUAUAGAAAGUCAUCUUGGCGUGAAGAUGGAAUGCGAAUAUUGCGGAAAAACGUACAAAAGGCGAGGGGAUCUCAAAGCGCAUAUGAAGGGUUGCGUUGAGGUAGUCUUUCUCGCAUAUGCGUUUGAGGAAAUGUCAAACUGAUCUCCUCCGGAUUGACGUAGUAUCUCAACGCAAAGUCAGCGGAAAGUGCCUACAUGCCCCACAUCAUGUGAGGUCGCACUUGGUUGGUGGUAGACUAUUCCGUUA